CUGACAACUAGUGUGUUAUGGAAUAAAAAUCUGUAGUUUGUACUCUUUACCAUAAUAACAGUGUCAGUAAGGGAGUUUGCAAACUUGUAAAAUAUUACUCAUAGGUCUCAAUUACAUGUAUAUACAUACAGUUUUAAAAUUGGCAUAUAAAAGCACGUUUUAGUCAAAUCAACCCACGCUAAUGUGACGGAGCUUUGAUGAAUUCUUGAGACAAUUCUAAAAGUGCGAAGUCCUGCAAAAAAAAAUACUGACAAUUUUUUAAAGAAAAAACAGUGAAUUUAUGUAAACAAUACAGGCUAAGCGAUCAUAGUACUUCCAUAAAACGAGAAUAAUUAGGAAACAAUCAUCAUCAGUUGCUGUCCUCAGAUAUGAAAUUUCGAAUUAUUAAUCGCCUGUAGUUAAUAAUUAUAAAAAAGUUUAUACAAUUCAUAGUUAUGAAUCGGAAACACUAUACUGAAAGUCAUGACAGCUACGGCAAAAAACAGAAAAAUCAAAGCAAAUAUUUAUUGGAAAAGAAGAAACAUCUCUGCCCAUUUUCUUCCAGAGUUAUCUUAGAAAGAAUACUUUUAGUGGAUGAUAACUACUUAAAAGACUAUGAUUCUGUUAAGUUGAAUUUUAAAGAUGUAAAUAACAGUGAUAAUAAUUCAGUACCUAAAUCAGUAAAAAAAAACAAGCAAAAUAACGAUAAAAUAACUAACAAUAAGGCUAGAAAAUGUUUAAAUGUAAAUAAAAAGAACCAAGGGAACAAAAUUGACCAUGCUAAGAUUAAUUCAAGUAAACUAGACAAAUUACCUAAAGUUAUACUACAGCGAUUAUCAAUGAGUAAAAUUAUAUCAUGUUCAACCAAAAAAGAUAAUUUUCUAGCUUUCAAGAGCAUAAUUGGUACCAAACCAAGAUUAAAAAUUGAAAAUAAUGAAACUAAAAACCAGAUUACUUCAAAAAAUAACAAUGAAAAAAGUGUUAUGGGCUCCAGUGCAAUAUUAUCUGAAUUAAAAAAGAAACAUAUAUCUUUUAAUAGUGAGUCUAUUCUUGACAAUAAAACAAGUUUAACAAAUAUAAAAGCUGAUAAAAUCUGUUUGAAAAAUGCAUCUCAUUCCACUUCAAAAUUUUUGGAAAAUUCAGAAUAUCAAAAAGAAGUGAACGAAUCAAAAAAAAAAUCAUUGAAAGUUAAAGGUUUUACUCAACCAGAGAAUUUAUUUAGAAUCAACAAAAAUGUAAAAAAAAAACAUAUGAAAACAGUUAAGUCUAAUUUAUUAGAGUCUCAAAAGAAAGCUAAAGAACUGCAUAAAUUAGAUAUUAAAAAACCCUUAAAAGAUAAAUUAAAUUUUCAACCAGGUGCAGAACAAGUUAUUCAACAUAUACAACAACAAUCAUUGAAUAUAUGUAAAAAAAUUUUGCAAACAAAAGUGGUUUUAGAAAGAUUGCCAAAAAACAAAUAUAUUAAAAAUAAUGAAAAUAAUGAUGCCUACAUAAAAGAUAUUUUAAACAAUAAUAAUUCAGUUAUUACAGAUCCUGUUUCUGAGAAAGCUACUGAGUCAUUCAGAAGCAUAUCUCUAUUAGAAAAAAAAAAUUCUAUUGAGUAUGAUGAAAUUAAUGCAAUUACUUCAGGAAAUAAUGUAAACCAGAAAAAAGAAACAACUAUAAAAAAUCCUGAAAAAAUACUAUCACACAAUUUGAAGCAUAGGACUCGUGUACAUCAGAAAGUUGAAAAAUCAGUGAAAGAAGAUAAUAAAAAUAAAAUUCGUACUAACUGUACUUCAAAAAAAGUACUACAAACUAAUGGAAGAAAGAGAACCACUGGUCUUGAAACUAAUUUAAAAAAUAUUUCAAAAAAUUAUCCUUUGGUAGUAAUAAAACCAAUUUCAAAAGAUAUUUUUGCUACGAAAAAUCCUAUUCUAAAUUUCAAAGAUCAGCUUCCAGACAAUAAAUUAGUGUCUGGUAGGAAUGGGAAAAUUUCUGAUAAAAUAUAUGAAUCAAGAAAAAAGUUAGAUGCUGAAGCAGCGUCAAAAACAUUGUCUGUUGAAUCUAAAUUAUCUUCAACCAAAGAUAUUAUUCUUUCUGAACCUGAAAAAAUUGAAGUUUUAUCCGAUCCGCAUGUAUUUGAUCAAUUGCCAUCUUGUUGUGAUAUGAAUUUAUAUAGUACUCCAUGUAUAUCAUCACAAAAUCAAAAAACAUUACCAUCAAGCUUCAAGAUAGAUAAACAAUUGAUGGUUUGUGUAAAAAGGCUGAAAGAUUAUUCUAUAAACUCAAAAGAUCAUACUCAAAAUAGUUAUAAAUCAAAUUCAAAUAAGAAUUAUGUUGUUAAAAAUAAAAAUAAAAAAAAUAGAAAUUUUAAUAAAUGUUCAUCAAGUGCUGUAGAAAAUGAAACUUUAUUUUUUGGUGAUAAAGAUACAGAUUUAAACAAUGUUAAUUCUAAAGAUAUAUAUAUACAACAAAUAUCAAAUGAAAAAAGUACAUUCAAUUCAACCUGUCUUAAUUCAAUCUCUAGUCAGAAACUCUACACUGCAUCACCUAAAGGCACCAAAAGCAAUGAAAAUAUUAAAAGAAAUCAAAAAGUUUAUGAAUCAGCUUUUAAACUUCACAAUAGCCAAAAUAAUGAGUACAUUGAAAAGCAAUCACUAAAUUUUCCUCUUACAUUUGAGAAAGUUGAGCCUUUAAUGAAUAUUAAAGAGGAAUGUAAUGGAUUGUCAGAUGAACAUGUUAAAUCGUUACCUUUGAAGUUUAUUAAUGCAUCUUAUUGUGCUAGCAAAGAUAAACCCAAAGAAGAAUGCAGAACAAUUCAAGAAAACAUCAAGAAUUUUGGAAAUUUAGUUACAGAUAGUAAAAGUAAACCCCAAUCAAUUAAUGAGUCAAAAAAGAACUUAGAUCAAGAAUGUCCAGAAAAUGUUAUGAGUACAAUAAAAAUUCAUGAGAAUGAUGAUAUCUCAGAUGAAUCAAGUUUCAUAAAAGCUCUUGAUGCAGCAAGUGUAAGAAAAGUAAUUAGAAGAUUCAAGACGUAUAAUAGUAAACAAAUGCCUCUCAUAAAAGAAUUGGUUCCUCUGUUGGUAAAAAUAAAAACGAAAAAAAAUAAAAACUUUCAAAUUAAAAAACGGGUAUCCAUGAAAGCUGCUGUUAUUGAACAAAAUUACAAUAAAAAUAGGUGUUUGGCAAAAAAAGUAAUAGCUAAAAAACGAAAUUUAUUAAAACUUGAAUCCACUAAAAACACAAAUAUUGAUACAGAAAUAAGUCUUGGCGAAAAAGAAGAAAUUCAAAAGACUAAAGAUGAGAAACUAAUUCGAAAGAACUGUCGAACUAACAGCGUUCAAAAUUUCGUAGAAUUAGUUUCAGUCAAUGAAAAACCAUUAAAACCUAAUGAAAAACGAACAUUAGUGAAAUCAAUUAUUACUUUGGAUAAACCUUAUGAUUUAAACUUAUUUCGGAGAAGAUCUCCUAGAAAAUUAUCGUGUUGUAAAAAUUUGGGCGAAAAAACUACGCUGGUGAAGAAAAACUUGACAAAUUUGCUGAUGCCUGAAACGCCUCAAAAAUUCAUAAAUACCAAGCUAAAUAUGGAGAAAUUUACAGAAGAAAAAAGCAGUAGCUUGAUAUUCCAAAAUAAAUCUGAUAUGCUUGUGAAAAUUCUGGAAGAUUGGGAUGAUCAAUGCAAUUUCAAAAGUCUACGAACUGACAAUGAACUUUUUAGAAUAGAUCAUAUGACAAUUUCAGAGGAACUAAAAGCCUGCAGUGAUGUUUUAGUUACUACAAUAACUAACGAAAAUGAAUCAGAAAAGGAUGGAAAACGAUUAUCAAAAGCAAAUUCUACAAAGAAAUGUGUAGAAAAAAAAGAAUUAAUUUUCAAUGAGAAUUCUAAUAAAGUUGAUGAUCUAAACAUUCACUCAAUCGAUAAAAAAACACUGAAAACUACUAAUUUUGACAUUGCUCAGAAUAUAGCGGUCAGCUCUUCCGUAAUAAAGGAAAAAAUAUUAACACAGGAAUUACUUAAUUUCCAAAAUGACCAGGUCUCUUCUCCAUUUGGAAAACAUACUUAUAAUCAUGAUGUAAAACUAGAUGAUAUUUAUAAAAAACAUGUAUUAAACGAAAGUAUUAGUAAAGAUGUGGAUUGUGAAUUCAUUUUUGAAAAAAAAACUGAGUCUACUAGUACUUAUGAUGUAGAUGAUAGUUGUCAAAACAAAACUUAUUCAUUUGAUAAAAAUUUAGUUAUGAAUGAACAUCAAAAUUUUAAAUCAAAAGAAAUGGAACUUGAAAGUUAUGAGUCAGAAAAAAAACCAAUAAAAAAUGUACAAGAUAAAAAUCUAGAAAUAUUGAAAACAGAGGAAAUGAAAAUUUGUGAAGAUCAAAUUGAAAAUGAAAAUGUAGAAAGUGCCAGUACAGAACUUCGCAGUGAUUUAUCUAAUAUCAAUUUUACAUCAAAAAGUAUAUCUCCUACUAAAAUUAGAAUCACUGCUCGGAAAAAUUGUUGUAAUGAGUCUCCAGAACCAAUUAAAGUAAAUGUGAAAGACAUAGCCAAAAUCAUCCCGAAAGGACCAUUACCUGAUGGAAAAUGUAACUUGCAUAAAAAAUUAUGUGACAAUUAUGAACUUUUAACUUCUGAAAAAGUUGACCGUGACGGCUUAUUAAAUUUAGAAUCAACUGAAAGUGAUAAAAACUUUAAUUCAACAAUUGAGGAAAAACCAAUGAGUGAGUUUGAAAAAUUUACGGAGGCAUUACAAAUAAGACCAAAACCAAUAGAACAGAAAAAACAAGUCCCUCUUUCCACAAUUAAAGAACUUGGACAUCUUGAUGUAACUUCGAUUAAAUUAGAAUCGAAAAAUUAUAGUUUUCAGAAUUAUCACGAGAAAUCAAAUGUGGAUCAUGUUGAUCCUUUUUGUCAAUUGAAAAUGUUAAGUGAAGCAAUCGCUAUUUUAAGUAAAAACAAGGAGAAGCCAAUUGAACAAUCAUCUGACUCACCAAUUAUCAAAAACUAUUAUAAUUCAAAGUUUAUAGGUGAAAGUAAAAAUUUAAAUGAAUUAAAAUUAUUAAAAAAAUCUUUGAAAAAUAAACAAAGUAAUAAACAUCAAAAUUCAUUUUAUAAAAAUGAUGAAUUAUUAAAUGAAAACUCGGAUACUAAAUCAACUGUUUCAAAUGUCAGCAUAUCUGAUGAACAAAAUGUACAAAACUCUUCAACUGAAUCUGAAUUCAGUAAUGAGAAUACCCAAAAUGUGAAAAAUCAUCAUUCAAAAGUAGUAAGAUAUUCAAAAUUUUCAAAAAACCAGAAAUUGGUUAGUCAUAUGACAAAAACUUCAAAACAGAAUGAGGUUUAUAGAGAUAAUAUUCAAAAUACAAUGCCACACCUUGAGAAAAAUAACAGCUUAACUGAGCCUAAUGAAGUUACGGAAGAAGUUAUUAUUUAUAAUGAAGGAAUGAACAUUGGCACUUUUGAUUUACUUGAUCAUACAUAUUCUCGAAGAAGAGAUGAUGAUAGUGAAGAAAGUAUUGAAGAUGAUUCAAGAAUUGAUUCCAAAAGCGAAGAAGAUUUCCCUGAAACGAACAAUUGUUGGAAUAAAGUUUCUUUACAAGAAUUGAAGAGCAACGUCAGUAGCAGCAAUAAUAAAUCUAGUCAUAAUCAUCUUAUUAAAAAAAGUAAUUGUACAAAGAAUCUUUUACCAAUGCACAAUCACUUUCACAAUAGAUUCGAAGAUUCAAAAAUACACCCUUAUGAAAUUAAGAAAGAAGAUGUCCAUCUUCAUAGAAAUGAACCUGUAAAGUGUAAAAAAUGUGAUCGAACAUACAUGGAUAAAAAUAGAUUAAAAAAGCAUUACUAUGAAUGUGGUAUACCACCAAUUUAUCAUUGCCCAUUGUGCUUUUAUACAGCAAGAUAUAAGCCUAGCGUCAUUCGGCAUUUGAAAAAUGAUCAUCCUGAUAAAAUUAUUGAAACAAAUUUUGAAGAAAUCUUAGAUAAAGUGCAAAAAAAAGCUACUGAAAUAAAAACUAAAUUCAAAAACCAAAUUUUAGCUGAAGAAACUAGUAAAAAGAUUCAAUCUGAUCAUUCCAAUCCUUUAAUAAGAGUUCCAAGGUCUUUGAAGAUCUACUGCCCAAAUUGUAAAGAAGAGUUUACAAAAAUACCUAGUAACUAUAAAAAGUUUUGUAACACCUGCAAUAUUAAUCUAAUGUUUAAUUGCCACCAAUGUGAACGCCGUUAUAUUUUAACGAAUCGCAUAAGCUGUCACAUUCAGGGUAAAUGCAGGGUUGGCGACCAGGAUGAUGAAAUUGUCAAUAAAAAAUCUCAUGUUCGAAAAACGUUUCCAAAAGUGAAAUUUAUUGAAUCAGAAAUAUGCUCUAAGGGCUGUGGAAAAAAAUUCAAACUACAUUCGACAAGAUUGAAGCAUCAGAAAUUGUGUGGAAAAGCUAGAGAUUUAACGUGUAAUAUUUGUUCAUUUAAAACUAAGUAUCAAUCGACUCUUAAAUUCCAUACAAAGCUUCACGUGUUGAAUCAAGAUCGAAACAUCACAUCAAAAAUUGCAGAAGAUGAACAUAGCAACCGUGAAUAAGCAUCAAAGAG